UAUAACCUAAGUUGAAGAUAGUUUGAACAUGUGAUUAAUUGUUUUGCUUUCAAAAUGCAGGUUUCGGACACAAAUGAUGUGAAAAUAUAUAAUUUAAGUGCAGGAAAAUCGCUACCAGAAUGGCUGUCGGAGAGAAAGAGAAGAACAUUGCUGAAGAAAGAUGUAGAUGUGAGGAAAAGGAUAGAACUCAUACAGGAUUUCGAUAUGCCUGGUGUGAGCAACACAAUAAAACUAUCCAAGGAUGGUCAGUAUAUCCUGGCCACAGGUAUUUACAAACCAAGGAUGAAAUGUUAUGAGGUCAACAAUUUAUCAUUAAAAUUUGAAAGAUGUUUUGAUGCUGAAGCUCUAACAUUUGAGAUAUUGUCAGAUGACUAUAGCAAGUUUGUGUUGAUGCAGAAUGAUAGGUACAUUGAGUUCCAUGUAGCCCAUGGUCGACAUUACAGAAUGAGAAUUCCAAAAUAUGGUAGAGACAUGAAAUACCAUUACCCAAGCUGUGAUUUAAUAUUGGUGGGCCAAUCGAAUGAGAUAUAUAGAUUGAAUUUGGAGAGAGGUCAAUUUAUGACUCCAUUCACAAGUACAGUGUCAUCUGCAUUCAAUAAGGUUGCUGUUAAUCCUGUGCACAAUUUGAUUGUGUGUGGAUCACAGGAGGGUAGAGUUGAAGCUUGGGACCCAAGAAGUAAGACAAUGGUUGCAUCUUUGGAUUGUGCUUUCAGUUGUAUCAAUGAGAAUAAGGAAAUUGAAGGUUUCCCAUCUGUAACAGCUCUGUCUUUUAAUGGAGGCUUACAAAUGGGAGUAGGAACAGCAACUGGUCAAAUCUUGCUCUACGAUAUAAGGUCUAAUAAACCUUACUUUGUUAAGGAUCACAUGUAUGGAUUUCCCAUUAAAGAUGUUGAAUUUCAUUAUCAGCAAGAUUUGAUUUAUUCCAUGGAUAAAUCAAUAUUGAAAAUUUGGGACAAGAAUGAUGGAAAGCUUUUUACAUCUAUUGAAGCCUCGACAGAGUUCAACAAUCUCUGCGUUGUACCAAACAGUGGAUUAAUGUUUUUGGCCAACGAGAACACGAAAAUGCAGACUUAUUAUAUCCCUAGCCUUGGGCCGGCGCCGAGGUGGGCCUCUUUCUUGGAUUCGUUGACCGAAGAAUUGGAGGAGAAUAAUUCCGAAGUCGUCUACGAUGAUUACAAGUUCGUCACAAAAACAGAAUUGGAGGGUCUGGGAUUGGAGCAUCUUAUUGGUACAAAUCUGCUCAGAGGCUACAUGCACGGAUAUUUCAUGGAUGUGCGAUUAUACAAGAAGGCCAAGUCAGUUGCAAAUCCAUUUGAGUUUGACGAGUACCGCAAGAGGAAGAUUAGGGAGACCAUCGACAAGAACAGAACGAAUCGCGUCCAGCUGCAGAAACUUCCAAAGGUCAAUAAGGACCUUGCUUUGAAGUUGAUGGACGAGAAGAACAGCAACAAGAAGAAGGGUAAGAGCGCUGCAGAACUACUCGCAGAUGACAGAUUCAAGGACCUCUUUGCAAAUCCCGACUUUGAGGUGGACAGGAAUGCAGAUGAGUAUAGGUUACUCAAUCCUGUAUUGACCAGAUUGAACACAAGCAAGAAGGAGGAACUGAAGAAGAAACUUUUGGCUAACGAUUUCGAGCAAGUGGAUGAAGAGCUUGAAGGAAAGAACAGUUCUGACGAAUCCUCUUACGACGAAAACGAAGAUAGUUCUGAUGACGAUAUGGCCUGGACCAAGCAAGUCAAGAAACAACACAAGUUAAUUACAAGAGAACACAGGGCCAAGGAUAAGGCCGAAGAGGAGGAAGCAGAGGCGGCGGAAGAGAAGCAGCCGCAAAUGUUCGAAUUGAGACAAGGAGAAGAAUACAAGGGUAUUCAAAGUUUGAAGCGCAAAACGAACAAGGUUGCGUUGGGCGAAAGGUUGAAGGAGGAAGAAGUUAAUACAGUAACUUUGGAUUCAAUGGGCAACAGGCAGAUGUCAUUCACGGUGCAAAAGAGUAAAAGGGAUAGGGCCAUGGACGAGCGGAAUAAGAGGCACAGGGAGGAGAGGAAGAAACUUGUGAGGCCCACGUUCGGUUUGUCGAAACGUAAAAAGUUUUAAAUAAGUAUUGUAAAUAAAUUUGAAAAAAAAAAUAUAAGUUAAAAAUA